UUAAUAUUAUAUUAGUAUUUGUAAAGUAGCACAACUAUUCUAAGCACCAACUACUGAACUAAAACAGACUAAAAAAGGCUAAUAAUUUCUUCCUGUGCUCUUCUUAAUGACACAGCUUUUCUUACAUACGAAAAAGAAAAGCAGUAAAGCCAAACUUUGCAUUCCUUUUCAUAUUUCUUACUCAUUUCAAGUCUCAAAACUCAAUUCAUUCACACAAAACCACCCUGCUUUCCCCACUUAAACAAGAACAAUAUUUUCUUAUUUUCCUGUUCUUGACUCUCUUUCUCUGUGUUUUUUUUCUUUCUUAAGGAGACCACCCACCAUGUCCACCAUAUUCUGGAAGAAAACCUUCCCACUUUGCUUCUCCAUUUCAAAAUGUCUCCCCACAACAACUCAGCCCCCACCACCUCCCUUCUCUGACGACCGAGACCACACUCAAACUACAUCAUCAUCAUCUUCGUCUUCUGUGCCUAUCAAAACCUUCAACUCAUCAGUUUAUGAUAUCUUCGCCGCCAGCUCCAACUCCGACGACUUCUUCUCCUCCUCAGAUGAGCUUUGCGACUCAGAAAUCUUACCACCGCCAGCGUUGGAUCUCGCCACUGUCUACGCUUCCCGGAGAUUCUUCUUCUCCUCUCCAGGCCAGUCGAACUCCAUAAUCGAGUCGACAACCCCAGAUCACGCCUCCAAACUACAACCACCACUGGCCAUCGCAGAAAGAAAAACUACGGCGACCCAAUUCGCCGGUGGAGUCGAAGUCCCAAAAUAUUCAGUUGACCCUUUUGUUGACUUCCGGCGUUCGAUGCAGGAAAUGAUGGAAGCUCGGGAUGUUUUGGUGGAUGGGAGAACCGACUUGGAGUACCUCCACGAGCUUCUCUUGUGCUUUCUCGCUUUGAAUCCUAACGAAACUCACAAGUUUAUCAUUAGUGCUUUCACUGAUAUAGUCGUUAAUCUCUUAUCGGCGCCGGACAAAAACCGCCGUCACCGCGAAAUUAAGAUCCGACGGCGGCGUAGUGGCUGUGUAAGGCGACUCAGCAUGUAAUGACAAUUAUUAUAUAUUUGUCUUUCAAUUAUUGAGAAAAAGAAGAUAAUAAAAUAGUAAACAAAAUAAGGAAGAAAAAAAACAUUAAUUAACUCAAAGUGUCUUCUCCUUGUUAUUAGUUUUUUCUUUCUUUCUUAUUUUUGUUUGUGGUGAUUAUGAGUUUAACAUGGAACAUUGGUUAAAAAAAGGUGGAUGCUUUUGAUAAUUACAAAACCAAGGGAAGCGUGGGAUAAGUUAAUGUGUCUAUCUCGAUGUUUGUUCAUAUUAAUAACAUUUCUCAUCUUUGUCGUUGUGUA